CAUGUGUUCAUGAGCAGAGGUGUGCUUGACGUGCUCUCGGGCUGGUGGUGGACUUUGGAGCCGGGGGGAAAGAGAGACUGUACGGGAAGAGAAGGAAAACCUUUUGACAAGAAGGAGAGGAAGAAUGGGAUAGAAGCUGCAAAGGGGGAAAAAACAAAAGUUCUAGUCCAGGAGAUGGACUGAAGUGAUCCAAAAAAAGAUAGAGAGGACUAAACAGUGGAUGGACAUGGGCAGAGAGAGACUCACCCGGGGAUUGCUGCUGCGUUUGGGUGUCUUGCUCACCGCUGUGUGUGUGUGUGUUCAUGUUUACCUGGAGACCAGUUGGCAGAGAGCACCUGCACCCCUGGGACGUCCCACCCAGGCUGGUAGUCAGAACUUGGGCCAACAAAGCAAAACCAAACCAGAAGCAGAGGAGCGGGACCGAAAGGUUAAGAGGAGAAUAUCUUAUGUGAGAACACUUAAGAAGGACAGGAAGAGGGACGAAGACAGAGAGGACCCCUCAGCUCCGUGCUGCCCACCUGUCCACCCGCACAGAAAGACUCCUCGGUGGCAUAUAGACUUGGAGCCCUGGGCCGGUGAGAGUCAUUCUCUGGAGGACGAAGCUAAAAGGUUCCUCAACUACAUCACAACACCACAAGUGUCGUGUGAAUCGUUGGCCGGUGAGGAAGCUGCUCAGGAGGGGACCAGGGGUGCCUGGGCUGCAUGUCUGGACCCCAAGUACAGCCUGACCCACAGGAUACAGAGUAAACACUGCAGGGUUUACUCUUUUGGGUUGGGUGUGGAUGAUCGGUCACUGGAGUGCUCUCUGGCCAGCGCAGGAUGUGAGGUCCACUGCUUUGACCCCAGUCUGAAGCAGCCUCACCUGCAGCAGGCGGAAAUGUGGCUUCAUCGGCUCUCUGUGGACUGGAGGGACCCCAACCCGGCCAUCGUUGCCCAGCGCCAGUAUGCCACCACCAAGAAACUGGCCACCAUCCUGAAUGACUUUGGGCACAGACAGGUGGAUGUACUGAAGGCGGAUAUGGAGAGCGCAGAGUGGAAGAUUUUAGAGAAUUUGGUCCUGGAAGGAGUUCUGGACUCUGUGGGGCAGCUGUUGCUGGAGCUUCACCUGCACUGGGCGGGUUUUGAAGUUGGCGGCGAUGACCCAUCCGUGGUGCGGUACUGGUUCAGCCUGCUAAAGGAGCUUGAGCGUGCCAACUUCCGCCUCUUCCAUGUCCACAGUGACCCAACCAAACCUCACCUCUUUCUGCAUAAGAAUGUCCUCAAUGCCAGCAGUGCUUACACCCUGAGCUGGGUGAACACAGAGUGGAAGCCUUGAGGGAAGCCAGACUUAGUGACUGGACCAAAAAAAACCUCUUAUCUUGGCAGGAACAUCUUCUGAAUGAAAAUGUUCAAGUUUGUGUAACAUGGAGUUUGAAGUCAGGGCACACAUUCUUGCUUGAGCAGGACUGCACCCAAACAGACUGCUCUUAUCUGGUCCGACCUUUUUGCUACACCUGAAAUCCUUGCUACUACUUAUCGUCCUGUUCCUCCUCUCCUGGCCUGUAAUGACCUCAGCCAUGUAGAGGGGCAGAGCAAUCACUUCCAGAGCCUCUCUGUCUUCUACCUCAUAGUGGCGGUGUUGUUGGCUGCAGGUCAGCCUCUGAGUCAGUCACCCCUGUCAUCAUGGUCCUAUCGGAGAUGGCUUACAGCCAGCCGUCCUGCAAACAUUAAACUUUUCUAGAGUACAACAGUCUGCAGCGGCCCAGAGACUGCUCAUAGAACAUGAAUUAUAGGAAAUAGAUAGGUGGGUAGAUUAAAGAUCUUACCUCAUUGACAGCAAGUGAAUAUUUUUGGGAGGCAAUCAGAGCUGCUUAGACAGAAAGAGAAUGAGCAGAGCAAUGUGGCUAAUAAAAGUAAAGAAAUGGGACCUGCUCCUGAGAUGGAAGAUGUCUGGACGAACAGAUGCUUUCUGAAAGUGUGUGUUAAGUCUGUUUUUUUCUCAGUUAAUUGUCUAUCCCCAAGGGGCAUUAUCAACAGGUGCAGACCAAAAUGACUCCAGAUAGACAACUAAUCUGAGCAAUUCUAAUUCAAGCAAUGAAAGAGUGACAUCGCACUAAGCUUCACAUGCAAGUUGGGGCAGUGUUUGGUCCAUUUUCAAGCAGAACAGAAAUGGCAGCCUGGUCACAAACUUUGUCCAAUUACAGCUAGAGUACAUUAAAUUAGUUUAAGGUGAGAAACAGGAAACAGUUACAGAAUCUUAAUUUAUACUUUAUCAGCCCUGCCUAGCUGGACUGUUUAAUCUUAAUUUGCGAGUUGCGCCAGACACCAGUCAUUGUCCGUUUCAAACAGUUAGAUAAACGGUUUUAUUUUGUGGAAAUCUGUCUGAAUGGAAGAAGACCAGACACAUCUUGCAGAGCAAAUAAAACCAGCAAAGCCCCCUUUAGUUGAUUAGUCAAGGACUUUUCAACCUUUGCAGUUUUCACAGCCCUAAAAUUAAUAAAUAUUAUGUCACAGAACCCCAUUUACUUUGACUUCACUUCAGGGAAGUUUCUGAGAUUUGAUUAAGACCAGAAUUCAGUUAUGGUCACAGUUGAAGAGGAAGCAGUGGAGGAAGUGAAACAUAUGACCAGAAGAGUCACUCUUAUGACUCUUACUCACAUUGCACUAACUUUAUUGAAUUAAACAGUGAAAAUAAACUAAUCCCCAUUUUUCCAGACCUCCCUUUAAGAACCAUCAUUUUAGUGGACUAAUUGGUUGUUUUGGUCUUAGUUGACUCACAUUUUUUUAGUCAAUUUCCAAUGUAUUAUGCUUUUUUAAGCUAAAUCACCUGUUUCUAAUGUAAGGUUCCACGAGUACAUCUCUGGUUAACUCAAGAAUUAAAGUGUUGCUUUUUGCAUGACUCUCAGUUUUACAUAGGCAAAAUCGUUGGUGUUAGAAGACUAAGAAUUUAUUUAGAACAGCCUGACAAUAAAAUGUUAGCUCUGCAGAAAGGUCUGGUUCCCUGCAGUUGAACUCUGAUAUGAUUGUAUCUAGAACACAAAACAGAAAAAAAUGAUGUAAAAAAAAUGUCACAGUAAUGUCUUUAGAUUUGUUCAGUGUCUUUGUUGGAUAUUUGAAUGAGGAUGUGUGGGCGAGUGUGUAGGAAAGACAAAAAGGAAAAAUAAACUCCAAU